AUGCCUCGACUUGUACGCCGACAACCGCUUUCUGAGCGUCUCGCCAACUUCUUCAACCCUUGGGACUUUUUGCUAUGGAUCUCAGAAGAGAUUGACUCUAGCGACUGGGCUCAGCUAGAGAAGGAUUGGUCACAGCCUUUGGGAUUCGGCCUCAAUUUUGUGUUCUUGAUUGCUCGAGCAAACGUCGCUACAGGGACGAGCAGGGCGGAUUAUGAUAUUUUUGGAGAUGAUCGAAGUCGACUGUCUAUAUUGAGCUGGGCUGCUACUUUUGUCGUGCAUACUCUUACAUGGUUCUCGUUAGCGAACGCUUUUUACACAUUCUGGCGUAAACGGCGAUAUCGUCUCUUCGAAGCUUCGAUCGAUCGAACACCCGCGACACCAUCGGCACAGCGAGUAAAAGUCUCGUCGAAUCCGAUGUCCACGUCUCCAAUCAGUUACAUUCGCAAUAUUCUGGCGGGCGAGACGGCCGAGUCGCGACGACAUCCCGAUCCCAAGCGAGAUGUCUGGGAGAUCGCUGUCUGGGACCCGUUCCCAUUGUCACUGCGUCUCUUAUGCUCGUUCAGUCCGGGCCAUGUGCUUGUCUACUGGCUGUUCCUGCCAACACUACCUACCGAUCCACGACCAAGUGUUACCAUUUUCACUACCAUUAUCCUUGCCGUUCUACUCACCGUCCAAAUGUCAUUCCUUUCAUCUUCAUUUUCUCAACAAUCCAAGGAUCUAGCGGUGGUACAUAAAGAAGUCAUGCACGAAUAUGACACUAAAUUUGUACACCCUCGAACUCAACCGUUAAUGCGAGAUGUGGGAGUUCAGUUCUCGGAAGAGCACGUUAGACAUGCAGGCUCGGAUGAGAAGUACAACCAAGUCGAACUCUGGACACCAACUCAUGUCAUCAACCGGGGCUUCAAAACGAGCCCAAACCCCAAUUAUCUUAGCCACGUUGAUCCCGAGUCAACAGGCAGACAGGUGUCGCCUUCUCGGCGGCAAUCGUUCAUGCCGACCAAUUCACAGGCUGGUACUCAACUUCAGACACCUAAUCAUUUACGAGACAACUCGCCGAUAGUUCAGACUCAGAAUCAGCUAUCGAACAYCCGCCAGCCGCAAUUCAGACCGCCAACGACUUCCACUGGUACGGGCGAUGGUGGUAGUCUCGGUAUAUACUCCCACGCCAACUCCCCUCUUCGAAAGUCAAUGUCUACGAAUUUUAUCGAGGACAGACAGAGAUCUACACCCAGCUUCAAUGAUAGGCUUGCCGCUUUGACACCUGCAAGGAAAGGCUCUAGUCCUUUGAAACGUACCAGUACGCCUGGAGGAAUCACUUCAUCGUCUGUUGCACAGCCGCGUUGGGGACAUUUAAAUGAAACUCACCGUCGAGAAAGUGGGCGAUUCUAG